AUGGAACUGACCUGGCUUCCAGAUAUUCCUCAGUCGCGCAGUCGCACUAGGGCCCUGCGAGCUUGCGCCAGUUGCCAGCGUUCAAAGAAACGAUGCCGACAUUUGGUCCCAAAAUGGGAACCCUCUUCAGAUCAACCUCCCCAUUCCAAUGAUAGCAACUCUUUCCAGCCGAGUCCACAAGGCCAGAGCCUCCCGGCUCCGUCAGGUAUAGAUCGCGCGCGGACAACAUCGGAUAGUCCGGCUUCGACCUCUGUCCCCGCUACGGAGAGAUUCGUGGGAGACCUCAAUCCAGAGUCAUUGAUUCGAGAAAGAUUAGACGAGCCCUCUGGCAAUCCUCUACGAGACCGUAUAGGGCUCUGGAUCAACUCCCCCGCUGCGCAGAAGGCUAAGCCGCGAAAUGUGACAGAGCAAGCAGAAUCAUCUCAUGCGCCAGAGCCCACGCCUGAACAUGCUACAGCGGCAUUGCUCCAGCAGCGGCUUGCUGCUGGAAUGCAGGCAUGUCAGCAACUGCCUUCAUCUACACGCGAGCCUCUGAUCGCUAUCUACUUUAGCAAGGUCAAUCAUAUCAUCCCGAUAGUGGACCAAGGGUUCAUCCAAGCGCAGGCCGAUGGCUCGGCGUCUGUAUUCCUUGAGAAGGCGAUGUGUCUUGCAGCUGCAAAAGCACCCGCAGCCACUCCCCAUUUAACACUUGCGCCGUACGGUCCUCUUCUAACCUCGCGCCAAUUCUGUUCCGAUAUAUACAAAGAGCUUGUCGUGGCCAUGGACGCAGAAUUGGAACCUGAUCGUCUGACACGGAUCCGCAUUCUUGCUCUGAUGUCCUUGCAUUGCGAGGGACAUGAAGGCGCCGAAGCAGCGUCUCUGCACCUCUGCCAAGCCAUACAUCAAGCCCAAACUGUAGGGCUGCACCUCGGGCGUCCGAACCAGCCACCAACGGACUCUAUGACGAAACUAUUCUGGUGUCUGUGGACACUAGACAAGAUGCACGCCAGCAUCGGCGGCCGGCCGGUCCUGCUAGCCGAUCGCGAUAUCGCGGUCGUGAAACCCGACGUCGCUCAGAAGUCACGGGGCGCUUUCGAGGUUUGGCUCGCAGUCUCAGACCUACUGGCUAAUGUAAUAUCGUUCUAUCGGCCUGCCGCAGAUCCUACCAGCGGCUGGGAAGAGGGAUUCCCCGCCUUUGAGGAUCUGGUAGGGGAAGAUGCACAAGAAGAUCUAGACUUUGCCACACUAGGCUUUUUGGAAUUAUACUACCACUCCGUCGCCAUCCUAUCCUGUCGCUACAAACCAACAGACAGUAUAGAUGGCAGACUCUCAUCCGUUAGACAAGGCCUAGCAGCCGUGCGCAUCCACUCAAUCGUCGCAUCGGAAUGCGCAGACAGCCUCCCUCCACUCCCAGUCGUCCCGUACUCAAUCACACUCUCAAUGGGCGUCUCAUACCGACAACUCCGCUCCAGCAAACUCAUCACGCACCUCGACCGGGCAAAGGCCAGCCUCGAAGCUUGCUGCUCACUACUAGAACAUAUAAGCCCGUGCUGGUACUCCGCAGAAGCCAUGGCCAGACUCGGGCAAAAGGCGCUCCACCAGAUCCAGGGGCAAACGACACAGUCUAAACCAGAAGCGCGCGGAACCGGGGCCCUGGAAACAGUACAUGUUGCGCCGCACGAAGACACCGUCCCAGCCAAAAGACAGCGCACCAACAGUGGGCCGGUCUCGCCACCUGAUAUCGCGCUCGAUACACUACCUGCGCCGAUGGAUAUGCCAGUCGACGGGUUCGCGGAUAUAGAUACCUUAUUUGGUGAAUUCCUGGAUCUAUCGCUACCGACUAACUUCUGGGAUCCGAUCUUCAUGGAACAUGGACCGCAGUCAUAA